AUUCUGGCCACUCAACAAACACCAUCUCCCUUUUCUCCUCCGCGUCCUCCCAUCAUCGUCCACUCAGCCCAAAGGUCCAAGAGACCAAGCAGCCCAGCCUUCUUCAUCACUUUCUCUCUGUCAUUGGCCGAAAGCAUUCCGACUCCUAACGGUGUCCAACUUGCUUUCUAACAGAAGACAGCCUUAGCACUGUCACCUCCAGCCUGAGAAAAAAAAAAUCAAGUUUUUCGAACGACGAUAUCAGCAAACAAGCAAGCUUAUUUCAAAUAUGAACGGUGAUUCCUAUUCUUCCCGCGGUAGUGGUAUGUUUGAUUACCCUCCUCCCCUCCUUUUUUUGCAUCUAUUCAGCGCGUUUCCUAAUUUUGAUUGUUUGCUAAUGCUCGCUUUCUUCUGAAUUCGCAGAUCGGCAUGGUUAUGGCCGUGAUUAUCACGUAUGUAUUUGGCACAUCUUUAAUCAUCCAACUUUGGAUUGUUUGGAAUAGUUACCUUUUCUAACCCUUAGUUGUAGGGGACUGAUCAUCGUCGGGAAAGAGAUAGGGAUAGUAGAGGCGAUCGGGAUCGCGGGGAUAGGGACAGAGAACGUACGGGACGCCGUGACCGUUCUCGCUCCCCACAUCGUGGUAGAUCCCGUAGGGAUGAUUACUUCGAAACUGAUAGAGCUGAUCGCUACAGAGAGCGCGAUCGCGAUACCGAUAGAUAUGCAGGACGUGACCGUGAUUAUGAGAGAGAGAGGAGAAGGGGUGGCGGCGGGGAUAGACGCGGCGAACGUAAUCCGAGAUACGAUGAGCCUCGUGGUGGAAGAAGCACGGCGGCAGCAGAUGCUUAUCCCGUUAGGAAGCGAUCUGCGACUCCGCCGGUCAAGAAGAGAGAGCCGACACCAGAUUUGACUGAUGUUACUCCCAUCAACGAGAGGAAGCGCAGGAUGACCAUGUGGGAUAUCAAGCCUCAGGGGUAUGAAAACGUCACAGCCGAACAGGCUAAACUUUCUGGUUAGUUAUUUGCUCUUCAUGUCAUUGGGGUCUAAGACUGACUCGAUUCUGUAGGAAUGUUUCCGUUGCCCGGUGCUCCCAGGCAGGCACCCAUGGAUCCAACCAGGCUUCAUGCAUUCAUGACCCAACCUAGUAACGUAGCAACAGCAUCUACUUUGAAGCCCACCAACUCUCGCCAAGCAAAACGUCUCCUUAUGAGCGAUAUCUCUCCUGGCACUGAUGAAGAAUCGUUAUUGCAAUUUUUCAACCGGACCCUUUCAUCCCUUAAUGUCACAACAGGCGGCCCUGACCCAAUAACUUCAGUACAGCUUUCGGGGAGUAAAACGUUAGGUCUUCUUGAAUUCAAAAAUACCAAUGAUGCUACAGUUUGUCUGGCACUCUCUGGAAUCGAAUUUAACGGUGGUAAUAUUGAGAUCAAGCGUCCAAGGGAUUAUAUUGUCCCCAUUGUGUCUGAAGACCACCGUCACCAAGAGCCUGGAGUAAUAUCAAGUGACGUUCCUGACACGCCUAACAAGAUAUUGAUUUCGGAAAUACCCGAAUAUUUGCAGGAUGAACAGGUUAUUGAGUUAUUGAAGAGUUUCGGGGAUUUGAAAGCAUUCGUUCUCGUCAAAGAUAUGACUGACGAGACAUCUAAGGUAGAUAGAAACUAACCGCAUUCCCGCUCCCACCUUUAAUCUCAAAAGCAAGAGGAACAAGCCCCAAUUCCGAUUGGCUGCUAAUUAACCAAACCACUAUUUAUCAGAAAGUACAGCUAUUAACCUUAAUAUUUUAUCUCUUUCGAAUUUAGGGAAUCGCCUUUUGUGAAUACCUUGAUCCUGGGACCACUGAAAUAGCCGUGGAAGGACUUAACGGUAUGGAAAUUGCCGAUAAUACCCUUCGAGUACGACGUGCUUCCAUUGGCAUGAAACAGGCGGCUGGUGUCGAGAUGGGCGUCAACGCAAUGGCUAUGAUGGCUGGCACAACUAGUGUGGAUCUUGAAGCCAGCCGUGUAUUGCAAUUGCUUAAUAUGGUGACUGCUGAUGAGUUGCUCGAUCCUGAAGAAUAUGAUGGUAAGCUUUCUCUGGUUUUUGAUGCCCAGCCAACAGAUGCUGACAGAGAAGAUAGAAAUAUGCGAAGAUAUCCGUGAUGAAUGCCAAAAAUUUGGAUCACUUGUUGACAUGAAGGUUCCCCGUCCUAGCGGGGGUAGUAGACAAGCAGCUGGUGUCGGCAAGGUUUGUAACAAUGUGUUUGAUCCCAACCGGGAAGUAAUAAGCUAAUGGCUUAAUCCCGAUAGAUCUUCGUUCGGUUUGAAACUCAGGAAUCUGCGUCCAACGCCCUACGUUCUCUCGCCGGAAGAAAGUUUGCUGAUAGAACUGUUGUCUGUACUUAUUUCUCAGAGGUACCUAUCCCGUCCCUGCUCUUGCAUAUCUUGCGCUGACUGCCAUUUUAUAGGAAAACUACGAAGUCGGAGCCUUUUAGGAUCCCCCUUCCCUCAUGAUGCUCUUUCUGACCCCAUAGCUUACCCUAGUUCUAAAAAUGUAGCUCCGUAGUCAAUCCAGUACCAUUGGUUCUUGGCUAUUAUGUUGCUCCGUUUUUAUUUCUUUCCUUUGCAUGUGGCCUUUCGAUCCUUUCAGUUGUAUUUAGGUUGUUUCUCUUGUCACUUACUUGUCGACUCUGGGAGGAUCCCGGUUGUUCUAUGUCUUUCUCGAUUAUGCUGUAGUUUUAUAGUCGCGCUUGCUAUUUCGGCUCGCGCAGGGAUGUUGGACGGCGAGUGCUGAUAUGGCAAACAAAAUGAUAUGGUGGGUUGAUGGGGAAAUUUUUUACAGUAAGCAUGCAUUGUAGUGUAUUAGUAGCUUGAUUCUUGAGUUGGAAAAAAAGACCGAUAUAUCCUGGGGCUCAUA